CACCACCCUGCGCACCAUCUGGCUGUGAUUUACCGCGAUUUGCGAACUCCGGAUCGAUUCACCACUUUAUGACAUCUAUUUUUUGAUGUUUCCGGCUGGGGAAUGUCUCGGAUGUCAACGAUGCCCGAAGAAAUGGCAUAAUUCCAACGUACAAGGCGCCUUCCGAUCUAGAUCUACUCUGUGACGCUCCUGAUGGCUAGGAAUGAAGCCCUGACGGCCUCAAUGACACGGGAGGAGGAAUAGGUGGUCCGCUGUUCGAGUCGGCUGGCCAAAUGGUCGUCAACGCCGCGGAAAAUCGCAGCGAUGGAGCUAACUAUGCUCCCAAUUGACGUUACGUUGCGUCUCCGGACGUCAGUUCACGUUGAGAAGAAUCACGCUCUGUCUACUCUCCUUGAUGCUCGAUAUUAUGAUAUGUCUUGCGCGUGUGAUGCGAUGGGCCAACGGGACGGUGUCAAUUCGUACACAAUGACAUCUUAUGGUAUCCCUCGUCGUGGCGGCCUCUCUUGUCAAAUAUACACUGUUUGUUAUGUCUUGCUAGCACGCGCGCUGUACAUAGAUCUCGCGUCCGAUGUCAGCCAAUGA